AUGAAAGGUGUAUCACGUUCGAUACCAGUGUUUGCGCACGCUUUGAGCAAGGAUUUCCAAAAACUUCAGGAGGGCGACGCUCAGAAACUAGAGCAUUGCGGGUCGCUGCCGAGAAACUCGGACGUGUUAGCUGCGAACGUUGCAGCUGCGUUUGCAGGCGGCACCGUGCUUGCCCGGACACUGAGUUCCGCUGUGGGCGCUGCCGCACUGCUGUCGCGUGCGGUACAGUCCAAUGUACUGCAAACUCAAGUCAAAGAAGAGGUAUAUGAAGGCAACUAUUUCAAAGUUACCGAGCGUGCGGGUGAGUGGUACAUUUUGCGGCACGAGCCGCGCGAGUUGCUUGUACGCGUGACGGUGGCGCUUGCAACGUACCAUAUAUAUCGAGACGGUGCGCUCUGCGCUACCGGCUCGUUGCUCUGGGGCUUGGAGGACGGAAACUCUAGAUUUGAGCGUAAAAUACUGGCGUUCGAGGGCGGCAAUGAGGUCGUAUGUAACGAAAGAACGAGAGCUGCUGGUGUUCGUCUGCGCUACCACGACGCAGCCGACCCCGAUGACGUUGUUGAGGUUACCAUUGCAGUGCAUUGCGACCGUCAAGAUUGUCGCGUUUGUCUCACAGCCGAGCGUACUGAACCAGGAAAACAGGCUGCAGGUGCUGGGAAACCAUUGUCACUGCUCGGUUGGUCGUAUGUGCUCAACGAGCCUAAGGGUAAGGUGGUGUACGGCCUAGGUGAGUUCCUAAAUCAGACGUGGCCUCUGUCGGACGCAAUGCUACCGCCGACCCCAUUUGUGACCUGGGACAAUGCACCCAGUGGAGUCGGUUCGGUGCUCUCUCCCGUGCUCCUGUCCUCAACCGGGGUAGCGGUUGUGAUGCCGCACCCUCCAUUUGAUUUACACGUCUCGUCGAAUGCCCAGGUGGAGCCGGCGAUACCCCAUGAAAAGUUCACCACGGACGUCUAUAUACCGAUCUAUUCAUCCGUACUGGACGCCGAGACGAGACGCAGCCGCCAGCGACCGCAUCGUCAGUGCCCGCCCGUGCAGCAGCCUGGCACGACUCGCGGUGACCAGCGGCUCUGUGCUUGGUCCGCGCGAGCAAAGCGUCUAGAACUUGAGCUGCUCAUUGCAGCAGAACCAAGACUGGACCAGACGUUUUCUCAUUUGCGUCGCUGGUUUGGCGCACCGCAGCGCUCCUGGAAGAGCACUGCCCUCAUCGAGCGCGUGAUCUGGUCUACCUGGGCCGAAAUGAAAGCCGACGUCACCGCGACCAAGGUCAUGCUUAUGGCGGAUAACUUACGUUCGCUCGACCUGCAGGGCGGUAUCAUUGAGAUAGACGAUAAGUGGCAGCGAAACUACGGCGAUACAAGCUUCGAUCCGAACAAGUUCCCGGAACCGCGACAACUGGUCGAUGCCCUGCAUGCCCGCGGCUUUCUCGUAACGCUCUGGAUCCCGCCAUUUAUCACCGAGGAGAGUACCAACUUUGCCGAAGCUCGAGACCGCGGCUUCCUUCUCGGCCACGGUAAACGGCCAGUAGAAUGGUGGCAAGGCCAGGGUCAUUUACUCAAUGUCUUUAAACCGGAAGCGCGGGAUUGGUGGCAGUCCAAGCUCCGCCAACUCCAACACGAAACUGGAAUCGACGGCUUCAAGUUCGACGCCGGCGAAGGUGCCUUUGUCCCAAGCGCUCUUCUCCGCUGCGAUGCCUUGGACGCAGAUGCAGUACUCCAGCAGAACGAGUACACGCGUCAGUACGUUGCCAUGGCUUCAAGUUUCCCUAUUGCGGAGGUGCGUACCUCCUGGUUUGAUAGCCUCUUCGCGCCCGUCGUGGUUCGCCUUUUCGACAAAUCCUCUAAAUGGGGCACCGAUAACGGCCUGAAGAGUGUCGUCACAGGCGCCUUGACCGUCAGCGUACUGGGCGUCCAAGUCGUGAUGCCCGACAUGAUUGGUGGAAACGCUUAUGGUAAUGCAGAUGAGGUCGCUCUGGAGACUGAUCCCGCUCAGCUGCGAGAGCUCUAUAUUCGAUGGUUGCAAGCCAGCAUCGCCAUGCCUUGUGUGCAGUUCUCUCUGCAGCCGCAACUAUUCGAUCGCUUGCUACCACCUCAUCCGGAACUCUCUGAAACCGUCGUCGACCUCGUUCGGAGAUACCUGCGUUUUCGCGAAACGUCCAUCGUUCCGCUCCUGCUCACGCUACUCCAGAACGAUGAGCCUAUCGUGCGUCCUGUCUGCUGGGAUGAGCGCCUUACCGCGGAUCAUCCGCUAAGUGGAGUCGCGAGCCGCGUUGACGACGAAUACCUCAUCGGUACAGACCUGCUGGUGGCACCCGUCCUCGCCUAUGGUCAGCGUCGACGAAGCGUCUACUUACCGACCGGUUACUGGUGUCGUUGGCGAAUCGACUCGGCGUGCUCGACUUUGAAAAGCUCGUUAUCCCCUGACAACGUCGACAUCAACAACCGAGACACCGUUUGGCUCGGCCCGUGCGUCAUAACCGAGGAGGCUCCGCUGCACGAGCUGCUCCUCUACCGUCGGGUGCAACCAGUGUCGGACUCUCUGCCGACGCAUGCGCUGCGUUCCGAGACGUUCGAAUGUAACCGGGGUGCACCUGAGGAGAAGCCACGUCAAGCGCUCAAACUGCUCCAGACGCACUCGUCAGCCACGUCGAUGCCUGGGGCAGUCGACAAGUCAGCGCAGAGCGGUACGCACUGGUGA